AAAAUACAAGGAUUUCACCCAUUUUUGUGUCCCAAUAUGUAACUCCCCAAUCAACAAACUUGUUACCUUUUUGGUACUGUAGGGCCUCACUAAAUCUCUUUAUAUAUCCAACUUUGUUAGCUACACUCUUCCAUAAGCACCAGCUACUAAAGAGUAUAGAGUAUAAGCCUCUAAUCUUUUGUCACACCCUGCAUUGUAGCAGAUAUACACUAAUGUUCACUACAAUGCUGCCAUCAUCACCCCUUUCUUUCUUCUUCCUUCUUGUACUCUCAUUCAUGAUAUGUGCUAGUGCUCAGGGUCCACCUUCACCUGGCUACUACCCUGGUUCCAAAAUUAGUCCUAUUAGCUUCGAUCAAGGGUUCAGAAACCUAUGGGGACCUCAGCAUCAGAGGCUAGAACAAGGCACAUUAUCAAUAUGGCUAGAUUCUAACUCGGGGAGUGGAUUCAAGUCACUUCACUCUUAUCAAUCUGGAUACUUUAGUGCUGCAAUUAAGCUUCAACCCGGUUAUACUGCAGGGGUCAUUACAACUCUCUAUCUUUCAAACAACCAAGAUCACCCCGGAAAUCACGACGAAAUCGACAUUGAGUUCCUAGGUACCACCCCUGAUAAGCCAUAUGUUCUGCAGACAAAUGUAUACAUAAGAGGAAGUGGUGAUGGCAACAUUGUAGGGAGAGAGAUGAAGUUUCAUCUUUGGUUUGAUCCAACACAAGAUUUUCACAUCUAUGCUAUUCUAUGGAAACAAAGUGAGAUAAUAUUUUUUGUGGAUGAUGUUCCCAUAAGGAGGUACCCUAGGAAAGGUGAUGCUACAUACCCAAAUAGACCAAUGUAUGUGUAUGGAUCAAUAUGGGAUGCAUCUCCAUGGGCAACAGAAGAUGGAAAAUACAAAGCAAAUUAUAAAUACCAACCCUUCAUUGGUAGGUACAAGAACUUCAAGCUCCAAGGUUGCACCAUUAAUGAAAGCCCUUCCUCAUGCAAGCCACCAUCUGCAUCACCAUCAGGGUAUGGAAGUCUUAGUCUUCAGCAAAUUUCAGCCAUGCAAUGGGUCCAAAACCACUACCUGGUCUAUUAUUAUUGCCAUGACCCUAAGAGAGAUCAUACUCUUACCCCAGAGUGCUAGGGUCACCAAUGUUAAGUAAAAAUUCCAUAGUAACAGAUAUUAUGUUAAUUCACAAUUUAUCUAUUAUGGAAUUAAAUAAUUAAGUGUGAGUUAAUAUCUGUCAACUCAUAUAUCAUCUAUUAUUGAAUGAAAUAUAGAUUUUCAUUCAGUAAUAAAUAAGAUUUGAGUUAGUUAUUAUAUGAAUGCACAUAAUGCAACUUUAAUAAUUUUUAUUAAGGGGGUGGUUUUUAGUUUGAGAUGGUCCAAGCUUGCUAAUGACAAGUGUAAUUGCAAGAUUAGUUGAACGUCCAAGCCCUCAAAUGAUUGGAAUGUUUGUAUUGUUAUUAUGUGAUGAAGUAGUAUUAUUCUCAUUGGGGUCCUAUAGUAUUUUUAUUGUUGAAAUAAGUUUGAUUUGGAUGCAUUUUCAAUACGUGUAUGUGUGUGGGGAAGAGAGAGAGAGAGAGAGAGAAAAGAUGAUGUUCCCUUAAAGCAUUGAAAUAACAAAUAUUUGAUGGA